AUGUCGCGUUCUGUCUUCCUUCUUGGUCCCGGAUUUAUCGGCGGAGAGAUCCUAGACCUCCUUCUCAUAUCAAACUAUAAAGUAACAACCCUUGUUCGUCGCGAAUCAGCCGUUGCAGACUACACCAAUUUAGGCGUAGAAACCGUGGUUGGUAAUCUGGACGACUCAUCAGUGAUCAAGGAGCAGGUCGCAGUUAGUGACGUUGUCCUCCACACCGCAACCGCAGACCACUUGCCAUCUGUUCAAGCAAUCAUCGAUGGCAUCAGACAACGAGCGGCAGAAGGGCUAAGGACAAUCUACAUCCACAACAGCGGAGCAACCUUGCUCUCCGAUACCGCCCAGGGAGAGUACAAAAGCGAUGCCAUAUAUGACGAUGAACUGUCCGGAGAGAUCAAUGCUUUGCCCGAUUCUGCAUCUCAUCGCCAAAUCGACUUGGUCAUCGUCAGGGCAAGUCAAGAACUAGCCUCACACGCCAAAAUGGCGAUCAUGAUUCCGCCCCUUAUAUACGGCGUGAGCACUAGGGAGAACCGCCUAUCAAUUCAAUUGCCAACGCUCAUCCGGUACUCUAUCAAACAUGGCUAUGCGGGUCAGAUCGGGAAGGGUCUCGCGGUUUGGAGUCAGAUUCAUGUUAAAGACCUUGCUAGGGGAUAUAUGGUUCUCCUUCACUGGAUGGAGCGUGUGCCUGCCACUGAGAUUGCGCUGAAUCCGUACUUCUUUUGUGAAAAUGACCAAGAGUUGUCUUGGGGCGAAUGCGCUGCUGAGAUUGGCCGUAUACUGAAGAAGGCAGGGCGUAUUGAUCAAUCUACGCCGAAACCCAUCCCGAAGGAAGACUGGGGUGAUUUGUUCGGGGAUUUUUCUGGGAUGAUGCUCGGAUCAAACGCACGGAAUAGGGCGAAUCGACUUCGGAAAUUGGGGUGGGCACCCUUGGAAAAAGGCACCCUUGCCUCCCUGACCGAAGAUGAGAUUCCAAUCAUCAUGAAGGAAACCGGGGAGUUCAAAGGUUAUGCGAGCGUCGUUGCAUCAUAA